AUGUGUAAUAUACUAUUUAUUUGGCAGAUUGCUGGGACUGACAAGUUCAUUAAAGUGGUUGAUUUUCUUCGCCGCCAACUUCACAGGGAGACAUUGGUAGAUGAUUAUUUUGUGUAUGUCAACAGUGCCUUCUCACCAAAUCUAGAUGAAUUAGUGAUCGACUUGUAUAAUGUGAUUAUCCAACUCAAGCUCCGUUUUUGUUAUGCUAGAUGUGUAUGUGUUGUACAUAAAAGAUGCAUUCUAAAGAAUGAUACCUGUGUAUAUGGUCUGUUCCAUGUUGAAAAUUAUGCUGAACGAGACAUUGCAUGUUCAGUAUAUCAGGAGCCCGUCAUUAGUGUGCCACACCUACAUAUGAGCAAAAGCUGGACAGUGAAUAACUGGAGAACCUUAAACACAACACAACUUAUCUCCUGGGAGACUGACUUUCAGUAGAGUAGUACCCAGCUCAAUAUCAGAGUUAGAAACAGUAAUGAAGUCGCAACUUUUCCAAAAGCUCUGCUUGGUUUGACAUCUGAGUCCCAAAACUUGAAUUGUUCAAUUGUAUCUCGUCCUUAAGGACCAUGUGCUCAUUUCCACUGGGUCAUGUGCCAAUUCUGAGUAAUCAAACACCAAAUAUUUCAUUUUCACACGGGUGUGUA